AUGUUGGUGUUGCAUGAUUAUCCCUUGUCUAUGGUAGACCAUCUUGGUUUUAGGAGAUUUGUUGCUGCCCUUCAGCCAUUAUUCAAGCUUCAUACAAGAAAUACUAUUCGAGGUGAUAUUGUGGGAAGAUACAAAACAGAAAGGAAGAAGGCCAUCGAGUACAUGAGUAUGAUCCAAUCAAGGGUUGUUGUCACCACUGAUAUGUGGAUCUCUGACAGCCAAAAGAAGGGAUAUAUGGCUAUCACAGCCCAUUUCAUUGACGGGUCAUGGAGGCUAAGGACCAUUCUGAUGAGGUUUAUUUAUGUUCCUGCACCACAUAAUGCAGCUGCUAUAGCUAGGAUGCUUCAUGAGUCGUUGGUGGAGUGGAAUCUUGAUGAGAAGCUCUUGACUGUGACAGUUGAUAAUUGCAACGUCAACGACAAGGCAGUUGAGGAGAUUCUGGGCAAGAUUGGGAAAAAUAAGUAUGCUCACAUAGCAGAAACUAGCUUCUGGACUUGUCUUCAAGACAUUCAAGAAGGGAUGCAGGGAGCGCUCUGCGCGACUACUGACCGGUUCAUCGCGGACGCUUCAGACACCGACGACCACUUCUCCAACGACGACUUCUUUCUUGACGUAGACAACCUCUUCGACAACAUGGCUGGCGAGGACAUCGACCCCAAGACCGGUGCUUCUACCGCUACUCCGUACGUCUUCCUGUUCUCUCUGUCUAAAAUCAUUUUGUUUAAGAUCAUGCUACAGUUUUUACUCUAG